GGCGCCGAUGGGAUUCAAGCACGCAAUUGUGCUGUGGCACUUCUAUCAUUUGGUCUCAGGCGAAGCGCUACCUUCACCUACUGGGAGAGAAUGUCUUUCGGAAAGGCGCCUUGCAAGACGUUGGCGAAAAUGGUCAAUACCAGCUUCCCAAUCUGUUGAUCAGGCACUGCGAGUGAUCUUCAGCGGCGCGUACAAGCCCCCCCCCCCUGCAUGUACAACGACAGCAGUGACGCGCAACUUGAAGUUCCUUGCAGCGGGCGCGAUCGCUGGAGUGGUGUCUCGCACAUUGGUAUCUCCAUUAGAGGUGGUGGCGACAGUGAAUAUGGCGGCAGUGGGCACAGUCGAAGGACCAAUAGACAUGCUGACUCGCCUUUGGGCGCUCGAAGGUGCAACUGGGUUUUACAAGGGCAACGGCGCGAAUUGUCUGAAGGUCGCGCCGACGAAAGGUAUUCAGUUUGUGUCUUUUGAAUUCUUUAAGCAACAGAUUUUGUUCUUGAAGCGCUGGCAGAAUAAGGCCGAAGCUCUCGAGCCUAUUGAGCGGCUGAUCGCGGGCGGUCUUGCUGGAAUGGUUGCGGCAGCUUGUGUCUAUCCACUUGAGACUGUGAAAUCUCUCCUGACAGUCGAGCGUGGAAGAUAUGGCGAGGGCAUCAUUGAAUCCUUGAAAACCUUUGUCGAAGAGCAAGGCUUCUGUGCUCUCUAUCGGGGCCUCGUACCUACCUUGAUGGCUAUGUUUCCCUACGUAGGGGUUGAGUUCUGCACCUAUGAAACUUGUCGGUCGAUCAUAUCUUCUGGAGGUCAACGCAUGACCACCAUUGAAACUAUGAGCCUUGGUGCCUUGGCUGGUAUGGUUGCCCAGAUUAGUUGUCAUCCACUAGAUGUUGUUCGCAAACGUUUACAGCUCCAGGGUAUUGGUGGACGUCCCAAGACCUUCAGGAACAUGUUUGACGGACUUGCAGGCAUUUCCAAAACAGAAGGGGGGCGUGGCCUUUACAAGGGCCUCAAACCGGCUUGUCUCGCCACCCUUCCAAGCACGGGCUCUUCUUAUGUCGUCUAUGAAACUGCCAAAAAUCUCUUCGGAAUCGGCUCCGCAGGACAGUAAAAUGCCCUUCCCGCCACACGCUGGUCAAGGGCAACUGGCGCCGGUAUUUUGGGCCCCGCCCGGGACCCCGGCGCCUAGUAAAGCCCACAGGGGAAUAUACCCUG